CUUUGUAGCCAGAGCGCAUGAGGCGCUGCGGACGCACAGAGCUUCAUCCUCUCGCACCCGGUGACACGCAGAGGCUGGGGGGGUUGUAACACACACAGUUAUUUUUUAUUCUGAGCUCGGAGGAAAAGAAAAGAAGAGAAAGAUAAGAGAGAAGCGAGGCUUUUUUUUUCCUGUCCUGUCUUUUUGCGCUUUCUCUUCACAAUGGCGGCCAAAACUUUAGAGAAGGUGCCGGUGAAUCUCGGGGGAUUCGUGCAUCCCGUGGCCGAGAGCGUGUACUCCAUGGAUGACAUCGCCUCCAGCUUGCCCACCUCCGUGGCUAUCUUCCCCAACACUGAUUUAGGAGCGCAUUACGACCAGAUUAACGUGACAGCAGACGGCUUGAUGAGCGCGGACCUGGGCGCAGAGAAGCGCUCCCUGGACCUCUCGUCCUACUCCGGUGGCUUCUCCCAGCCGGCGUCCCACCGCAAUCAGACAUUCACUUACAUGGGAAAGUUCUCCAUCGACUCCCAGUAUCCAGGUAACUGGAACCCCGAGGGAGUGAUCAACAUCGUCUCGGGCAUCUUCAACGUGGCCCAGCCGCCGCCCCAUCCUCCUCCUCCUACCUCCUCUUCAGCGUCCUCCUCUCCGGCUUCUUCAGGAUCUCCCAGUCACUUCUCCAGCGGAAAUUUGAGUUGCACCAUGGCGGCUCAGAACCCGGCAGAGAUAGACCAUCACCACCACCUCUAUUCCCCCCCGCCUCCUUACUCCUCCUCUGGCUGCGGGGAGGUGUACCAGGACCCCUCGGCGUUUUUGUCCACUUCCACCUGUCCCAUCGCCUCUUACCCGCCGCCCUCCUACUCUUCACCCAAGCAGCCCGGCAGCUCAGAUACGCCGGGGCUUUUUCCCAUCCUUCCCGACUACUCGGGCUUCUUCCAGCCGGCUUGUCAGCGGGACAUGCACACAUCAGGUCUCCAAGAUCGGAAACCGUUCGGGCCAAGUCCCCUCGAUUCAUUCCGCGUCCCUCCACCCCUGACCCCGCUGAACACUAUCAGGAACUAUACGCUGGGGGGUCCAGGUGGUGGUGCCUCCGAGAUUGGGGCGCCGAGAAUUCCCGCUGCUUACAGCCCACAGAACUUGCCCCUAAGGCCCAUCCUGCGGCCCAGAAAGUACCCGAACAGACCCAGCAAGACCCCUAUCCACGAGCGGCCGUACCCCUGUCCUGCUGAGGGCUGCGACCGGCGGUUCUCGCGCUCUGACGAACUGACCAGACACAUCCGCAUCCACACUGGACACAAGCCGUUCCAGUGUCGGAUCUGCAUGCGCAACUUCAGCCGCAGCGACCACCUCACCACACACAUCCGCACGCACACGGGAGAGAAGCCGUUCGCCUGCGACUUCUGCGGCCGAAAGUUCGCCCGGAGCGACGAAAGGAAGAGGCACACUAAAAUCCACCUGCGGCAGAAGGAGAGGAAGUCCUCCGCCGUCUCCUCCUCCUCGUCCUCUUCCUCGUCCGGCAGCACCGGGCUGGAGCGGCCGCCGGGUGGAAUCAGCGCAACCAACGGGAUCUGUCCGUAGUUAGAAAAAGAAAAAAAAAAAACUUUGUUGUCACCAUGGCAGCGUGACGCACACUAACCGCUUAGAAAAAUGAAACAACCAGACAAAAAUAAAGAUUCUGAAACUGCUGUGAACUGAAGACAGCAGCCUCAGCGCCGGGAUGGUGCAGUCGUGCGUAAUUACGCACAUCCACCCGCUCUUGCUCCAGAACUGACAGAGAGACUGACACGAACGCACUUUGCCUGCACAGUCUACUGAACCUACCAGUAACUAUAGCCAUUAAUUCAUAAGAACACACAAGGGCGGUUGUAAUAAAGGGAAUCUUAAAAAAAAAAAAAAAGAAAAGAAAUCACCAGGCUUAUUGAGCAUUGCGCACUGGGCCGCGCGUUUAAAUGUGAAAUAACUGCAAUAACGUUUUGAAUAAAGAAAAGAGUUUUAAGUUAUUAAACCGACCAAGUGUUGAUUCUAACAUGUUUGUGGAUGACUAUAGCUAAAGUCCCCCCUCUCCCUUUUUUUAGUGCCUUGCUGCAGUGUCUUUUUUUGUACAGUGACUGAUUCAAGGACGCUUCUAAUGAAAUGCAAUGUGUAUUAGUCUUUUAAUAUGUACAGAAGAAAGACGUUCUAUUUUUCUACUCAUUUGUGUAAAACCCCAAGUGUUAAGCAGUGGUUGUGGUUCAGGUGUGAAACCAUAUUGGAGUGUAAAUAUGUUGAACCUAAUACCGACUUAACCAACGUUUUUGUUGCUGUUGUUGUUGUUGUUGUGAUGUGUGUUACUUAUUAAAUGUAUGAGGAUGCUACCACGCA